AUGCUGACGCUAUUAAAAUCGCUCUCCAACUUUCAAUUGGCCAUAUUGCCGUUGCUACUGCCAUGCUACCUACUACUCCAAAUGCUGGGGAAUCCCCUCCUCAUUCUCCAAGGAUGGAUGACCAUCAAAUCAGAUGCCGAAUCCUCUCCGCCACCCGUUGGAUCACAGCUACUGGCAUAUGUGGUUGUGGGAGUCUUGGGAUAUGUCGUCACCAAUGCACUCAUUCCCAACAUUCAACAAUACACACUACGAAAAGGAAUCAGUGGCAAAGAUUUGGGAAAACGAGGGACUCCCACUGCUGACAGGGAUGUCCCAGAAGCCCUUGGAAUUGCACCGGGCACCAUCUUUUUGGUCUGCUUGAUUUCCUGUGUCGUGGGAUAUUCCCAUCAUCAUCCGGCUAAAUUAUUGGAUCUCAAUUCGGCACUCCUCAGUGUCUGUUUCAUGCUGUUCCUCGGAUUCACCGAUGAUGUACUCGAUUGGCCAUGGAGGUACAAAUUGGUACUCCCCAGUGUCGCCAGUCUACCCUUGCUCUGCUGCUAUGCCGGAUCCACUUCCGUGGUAGUUCCCAUACCCAUGCGAUCCUGGUUGAUGCAGCAGGGCGAAUACACGUGGUUGGCCAAAGUAUUGACAUUUCCACAGAACGACAGCGCCUUUAUGGCGCCUCUUAUUGCCGUCGAUCCAAAAGCCGAUGGGGCAUUGUUGGAUUUGGGAAUUUUGUAUUAUGUCUACAUGGGAAUGUUGGCCGUCUUUUGUACCAAUGCCAUUAAUAUUUAUGCCGGCAUUAAUGGACUGGAAGUCGGACAAUCCUUCAUUAUUGGAUGUGCCGUGCUGAUACACAACUUGAUUGAAAUGGAACACGAGGGACAACAAUUACGAGAAAAUCAUCUCUUUUCCGCCAUGAUUAUGCUCAGCUUUUUGGGAGUCACAUUGGCGUUGUUACGACACAAUUGGUUUCCCGCCACGGUCUUUGUGGGAGAUACCUACUGUUACUUUGCCGGCAUGACAUUUGCCGUGGUGGGCAUUCUGGGACACUUUUCCAAAACGCUACUGUUGUUCUUUAUUCCACAAAUUUUGAAUUUCUUGUGGAGUUGUCCGCAACUCUUCAAAUUGGCACCGUGCCCACGACAUCGAUUGCCACGGUUCGAUCCGGCCACGGGAUUAAUGCAACCCAGUACAUUUCCCUGCAAGGCAGCCGACUUUAAACUUCUCAAACGACAACCCGACGAUACCGAAUGUGCCAACAUGACGCUCCUCAACCUGUGUUUGCAACUCUUGGGCCCCAUGUCGGAACGAGAUUUGUGUGUGACGCUGUUGGCCUUUCAAAUACUGUCGUGUGCCGUGGGAUUUGGAAUACGGUAUCGAGUGUCACAGCUCUUUUUUGAUGGAUAG